AUGUACGUCAACGCAGUCGUGAACACCUGCGUCGUUGAGCCCCUACUUGACACAAGAUCUGACAUCACACUGCUGAAUGGGAAGUCGUGGAAGAAAUUGAGCUAUGGACCAUGUAUAGAAUCGUGGAAAUGGCGAAAUGGGGUAUCACAUGCACAUGAUGGUGCACAUAUCGGAUAUGAAGCUUGCACAAAAUCAGACGCAGAGGAAGCACUGAAGAAAAGAUAUCCGGAACUCUUUGAGGAAGGCCUGGGACGUUGCACUAAGGGGGAAGUCACCCUAUUACUAAUAUCAAAUGCGCACCCCGUAUUUUGCCGCAGUCGACCAGUUCCUUACGCAGCUUUGGAAGCAGUGAAUGCUGAGCUGAGUAGACUGCAACAAAUGGGAGUCAUCGCACCAGUAAAUGGGCCGCACCCAUUGUUUGCCACAAGAAGCAAAUAG